AUGAAGUUUAGUAUCACUCUGCUAUCAGCCCUUCUGGCUGUCACUGUCAGUGCCGGUCCUAUCAAUGCCCAACAUGGAGGAAAUACAGCUGUUGCCUUUACAAGGCGAGACCUGAGGGCAUUGAAGCGUGGGGGCGGUGGCCAAGGUAAUGCCAAUGACCAAGCGGACGGCGUGCAGGCCAAUGCUGCGCAAAACGGCCAGCAGGACAACCAGCAGGAAAACCAGCAGGACAACCAGAAUAAUCAGGACAACCAGCAGGACAACCAGCAGGACAACCAGAAUAAUCAGGAAAACCAGCAGGAGGACAACAACAAUAAUGCUAAUGGUGAGGAGAUUGAGAAUUCUGACUUGGACGAGAGUGGAGAUGUGGAUGCGCAGGAGCAGGCUGCAGCUGAGCAGGCUGACGCCAAUGGUGACGGGCGGCUCAAUGCCCCAGAAAUCAUUGAAGCCACAGAUAUUGUUGAAGCCGCUGCGGAGGAAGACGCACGUAAGAUUUAG